CGGUUUGAAUUGUAAAUUUAAAUUUUGUGCAAUAAAUGCCUUAAGAGCACUUAGCAGCCAUUGACUGAAUCCAAACAAGCCCCACCUUGAAUUCAGAUCGCUUUAAUUUCUGCAACCGAGAGGAAGAAAGUCUGCAAUACGCUUCUUUGAAGAAAUGGAAAACGCUGAUGCGACUUCGCAGUCCGAUCCGCAAAUUGACUACAAGACUCCAAAGAAGACCAACUCGCUGAUCGAUAGCGAGCAGUUGCUGGAUAAGAUAAAUAUCCUAACCACCAAACCGGAGAAUCACUCAAACAAUGCCAAGCUGCCGACGAUCAAAGACUUUGUCAUCAUAAAGCCGAUCAGCCGGGGCGCCUUUGGGAAGGUGUUCCUGGGCUACAAGAACAACGAUUCGAACAAGCUGUAUGCCAUCAAGGUGAUGCGCAAGUCCGAGAUGAUCAACAAGAACAUGGUGUCCCAGGUGAUAACCGAACGCAAUGCCCUAGCACUCUCCCGGUCGCCGUUCUGCGUGAGUCUCUUCUAUUCGCUGCAGUCGCUCUCCUACGUGUACCUGGUCAUGGAGUACAUGGUGGGCGGCGAUCUCAAGUCACUGCUGGCCAUGUACGGCUACUUUGACGAGGCAACGGCCCGAUUCUAUGUGGCCGAGAUGGCCAUGGGACUGCAGUACCUGCACCAGCAUGGCAUCGUUCAUCGGGACAUCAAGCCGGACAACAUGUUGCUCUCGCACACGGGUCAUGUGAAGCUCACGGACUUUGGUCUGAGUAAAAUCGACAUGCGACGCGAUCUGGAGAUAUCCGAUCUGAUCAACUGUUCGCCCAACCUGAAUGCCCGGACACCAGGCCAACUCCUGUCCCUUACCUCACAUUUGUCCUUCGGCUCUGAGAAGAAGCUGCAGGAAUAUGGUUCUUCACUGACCGCCACCGGUGGCACGACCAUGGGCACGGGGACAUCCAAUUUGCUGCAGGCCAUCAACAAGCAUGGCCAUGAGGCCAUGGAGAUGUCCGAUAGUGAGGGCGAUACAUCACUGACUGAUGCAGAAAAGACGAGCGACAGUAAAAUCUCAGGCGUAUCGCCGUUCUUCUCCGCCGAGGUUAAUGAAUCGAUUACCCAUACAUGUACGGCUAUUACCAAUGUCAGUAUAGCAAAAGCGACCCUGCCCUUCUCUUCUCCAGAACCUCAUUCUCCUGGUCUCUGUUAUUGUUCUGUUGUGCAGCCUCAGGACAGCAGUUCCUCAUGCUCCUACCACACUUGCACCUCGGCUGAACUUAGCAAGUGCUCUCCACCACUGGACUCGGUUGCAGCUGGUGCGGUUGCAGACUCAGUGCCUAGCAAGCGGCGGGUGGAGUUUAUCCUGGAUCCGGUUAUAUGUCAGGGCUGCAAAUUGGCCGAGCAGGACAACAACAAUGGGGCCAGCAAUGUCAAUGGCAAAGCCAAGUUGGAGAGCGCAAACGAGGCCUCGUUUGAGUUUUCCAUGGUGCGCAGGCGAUCGCUCGAUGAGCGCAACCGGAACAAAGGGCAGGAGGAUUCCGGCGUAUCGAGUCGAAAGGGAGACGACUACUCCGGUUGCCAUCUAAAUCAGAACAGCGAGAACAGUACUGCUUCCUCGAUUGAAAAGAACACGGAGAAUCUGAGCCAUUCAAAGGAGGACUACAGCUGCUCGGACUACUCGCGCAGCUACAAUCUGACAAAUGGCAAUGAGAUGAGCGGAAUCCACAUGAAUUCCCCCUUUCGCAAUCUCUCCAAACACUUUAAGCGACCCGAUUUCCUGCGUGGCAUGAAGCGGAAAAUCAAUCUGGUGAAUCGGUCCAACAAUAUGUCCAGCAUGGAUGCGGACGGCUCCAGUUCCGGGAACGGCAGCGCCAACACUGGCCUCACCCAGGAGAUCGAGAUACUCAACAUUGGCAGCAGUACGCCCAAGAAGCGAAAGGCUCGCUCCUCGCCCAUUCGUGGCGUACUCAAGGUACGCUCUUUGUCUGACGACGACAUGCCUCUGCAGCAUUUGCUCGGCCCUGAGGCGAACGUGGCCAAUGUGGUCUUCUCCACGCCUGUGUCAUCGCAAAAGCUGCCACGCCGGGACGGCGGACUGCUCGGCAAGCUGAAGGCCACACGCUUCGCUCUGCCCCUGUCCAUUGAGAACAAGAAGCGGGAGGAUACGGCUACCGAGAAAUUGUCCUGCGUUCAGUAUCACCUGAAGUUGGCCGACGAUCCGACAAUGUCACCCAUAAACCACGGAGUCGGGAUUAUGCCUAAGACCCCAAAAAACAUGAACAUCAAUACGCCCUUCCGCACCCCAAAGUCUGUGAGGCGGGGAGGACGCGUCUCCAACGAGCGUAUACUGGGCACACCCGACUAUCUGGCGCCAGAGCUGCUGCUGAAGCAUGGUCACGGCCCCGGCGUCGACUGGUGGGCGCUGGGCGUUUGCUUCUACGAGUUUAUGACCGGCAUUCCACCCUUCAACGACGAGACGCCCCAAAAAGUAUUUGACAACAUUCUUAACAAAAACAUUGAAUGGCCCGAAGGCGAAGAGGCCUUGUCCGUCGAUGCAAUGGAGGCUGUGGAGCUGCUAUUAACAAUGGACCCCGCCGAGCGACCUGCCGCCAAAGAAGUUCAGCAAAUGCGGCAUUUUGCGUGCAUUGACUGGGAGAACAUUGGGAAUAUGGAGCCGCCGUUUGUGCCCACGCCCGACAAUCCCACCGACACGGGCUAUUUCGAUGCCCGCAACAAUCUGCAGCAUCUGCAGCUUUCCAACUUUGCUGUGGAAGACUGAAUCGUCUCUAACCGGAGCCCCGGCUGCCUCUGGUUCCCCUUAAACCCGCGCAUGCUUGUCGCAGUAGUCCCCCAUAAAUGUUAUUUAUAUUAUGUUGUCUGUAUAGCAAUAUGUGUUCGUUUGUUAUCGUUCGUUCGUUCGACUAGAUGUACGUAUUUAUAUAUAUAAAAAUUCAAUUAUGUCCAUCUGUUGCUCUAGUGAUUGUUCACGAUGAUAUUGUAACUACGCUUAAACAAAUGGCUUCAAGUAUACACACACCCUCGAGAAAGAUAGAUUUUAAAUAAAUUGGUAUUGGAUAUCCAUACGGAGCAUUCGUAAUGCAAAAAUCAA